GCCGACAGAAUACACUGAUAGAGAGAGUUUUGARGCCAAUUUUACAACAUUUCUGCGCUUAUUUUUAUACCUUAAACCUUAAAUAUUAYAUUUUAUUACAUCUUUUAUUACGAUUAAUCUAGAAUGUCCAAAAUCAAGAGAAAAGGGUACGAUUUUUGGAGGAAUGAUUUAAAAGAGGCCAAACUAGUCGUGGCCCCAAUGGUGGACCAGUCUGAGUUACCAUGGAGAAUGCUGAGCAGAAGACAUGGUGCUCAACUGUGUUAUACUCCUAUGCUUCACUCUAGUUUGUUUGCGAAAGAUCCUAUAUAUAGAAAGGAAUUCUUUACGACUUGUCCUGAAGAUCGACCAUUAAUCGCUCAGUUCUGCACCAAUGACCCAGAGACAUUUGUGAAGGCAGCUCAGUUUUUAGAGUCUCACUGURAUGCUGUUGAUCUUAAUCUUGGAUGUCCUCAAAUAAUUGCUAAGAAAGGUCAUUAUGGUGCUUUUUUGCAAGAUGAAUGGGACUUGAUUUCGAAAAUAGUUAGCCUUGCACAUGAAAAGCUAUCRAUUCCAAUAACUUGUAAAAUAAGAGUCUUUGAUGACCUUAAAAAGACAAUAGAAUAUGCUCGGAUGCUGGAGAAAGCUGGAUGCCAGCUUUUGACAGUACAUGGUCGGACAAGGGACCAAAAGGGACCCAAAACAGGGCUUGCAAACUGGGAUUACAUUAAAGCAGUCAAACAAAGUGUUUCCAUCCCMGUUUUUGCCAAUGGUAAUAUUCAGUACUUCAAAGAUAUCCAAGCAUGUAUGGAGUAUACUGGAGUGGAUGGUAUUAUGACAGCUGAGGGUAACCUCCACAAUCCUGCUCUACUUGGUGACAGGCAACCAAUGGUGUGGGAGAUGGCAGAAGAAUAUUUAGACCUUGUUGAUAAGUAYCCCUGUCAACUGUCAGCUGUAAGAGGUCAUCUCUUCAAGCUCCAUUUCCAUAGCCUUUGUAAACAUACUGACUUGCGAGAAGUGCUUGGAGAUUGCAAAUCACUUGAAGAGGUGAAAAAAGUUAAUCAAGAACUUACCSAAAGGCUCAAGAAAGAUGCCAAGGAAAACACUGAUAAACCAGUAUCAUACACAGGAUUACCACACUGGGUGUGCCAGCCUUAUGAAAGACCAAGCCCCAAAGAUAACUCAUCUACAGCAAACCAAGCAAAAGAGAAAGACUCAUGUAAAGGGGAAAGCGAAAACAAAGUUUUGGCUGAAAAAAAACUUAAAAAAGCUCUGAAAAGAAAGAAAUUGCUGCUGUACAAGAGUAGUAAAGUUCCAGUUGAAUGGGUAUUUUGUUCUCUAUGCAAGACCAACCCUAUGAGUAAAAAGUGCGAAUAUCAAUACUGCCGACACUGCUGUAAAGAAAAAACUGCGUUAGAAAAACUUUCACUCGCCAAUAGACCCCUUCACGGCUCCCUGCGCCAUCUUGAAAGGUAGCCGGGUCUUUGCAUCGAAGCGAGACGAACGGUGAGCUUGCAAUGAUAGAGACAUGCGAAUAAUUAUCCAAGGUGAGAAAGCUGACUGAUUGGUCCUUACGGCUUCUGGCAAGAAUUUCAAGGUCAUUAAGUACUCGUCACAACAGUAAUAGUUUAUCAUGUGUCCAAGACUUGGUUCUUGAUCCAUUCUUAGGAGCUCCAUCGCUUUAUUUUUGGCAAAGUGUUUGUUUUCAAGUUCUUUGCCUAUUCCCCAUUGAGCAAGUAAGCGCAUGAACGGGUAAAUUCGCUCAGAGGAUGAACAYCCGGUUUUUGCAGCUAUGUCUUGGAUGCUAACAGACGGCUCGUCCGUGUUGCAGAGUAGAUCAGGAAUCUUGAAGCCCACGACAAGACUCAAACAUCUGUUCAACCAUAAACCAUGAAACAUCGAGAAAAUGACAUUUUCUUCUUGGCUUAUCGCAGAUUCUGCCAUGUUUAGUUGGUACGUAAGAGCCUAGUCAGGAAAAUGCGUUAGCUAUAUCUUUGUUAAAUAUGGGAGUGACUGUGAGCUAUGAGACGUGAUUGAGGGACCGUGAAUAAAUAUUCUUAACAAA